AUGACUUAAUCUGUCACAUUUGCUGCGUUCAUCACAACCCUUAUCCUUAGAAACAACAUAUAGUUUUAGUCACAAAAAACCAUGGAAUCAACUGAUAAACCAGCCACACCACCACCAAAAUCUGAUGAAGCUCCGCCACCAGCCAUCCGCCGUGUAAACUGCUUUGUUGUUGAUGUGGCACUUAGGGUUUUACUAUUUGCAGCCACACUAGUUGCAGUUGUUGUCAUGGUGACCAGCAAGCAAACAGAGGUUGUGCCAGUACCACCGACCGGAGUGAUGAUGCGACGUACAGCUAAGUUUAAUCACUCGCCGGCGUUCAUAUAUUUUGUGACAGCAUUAUCGGUCGCUUGCCUAUACAGUAUCAUAACAACGCUUGCAUCGUUCUCAACCAUUUUGAAGCCUGCUUUCUCAAAGAAGUUCUUGCUCCAUUUUGCAUUUUGGGACGUGUUGAUAUUUGGGGUGGUAGCUUCAGCAUUAGGAACCGCCGGCGGCGUAGCAUAUAUUGGAUAUAAGGGCAACAGUCAUGUUGGGUGGACUAAAGUUUGCCCUAAUUACGACAAGUUCUGUGAUUAUAUUAUAAGCUCCCUUGCUAUGUCACUUCUCGCCUCCAUCGUUCUUGUUUUGCUCAUCUUUCUAUCCAUUUUCUCUCUUUACAAACGGGCUCGUGAUUAAUUCAUUCAAUCAAUCAAAUUAAUUACUCUACUUAAUGCUGUGUUAAUUUGCAUGCCUUGAGCAUGUAGUUUGUGUAUGUUUUAGAGAAACUAGCUAGUUCAUUCCUUUGUGUGCAAAUCAAUGUUGUCAUGUGUCAUAUAUUUUUUUAUGGAAUAUUUCUUUGUAAGUUUUAGCUAUAAUACGUGUAAUUGCUUUGGAUUAAUGAAUAAUAGUUAUCGUA